UUCAUCAAUUCCUUCUCCGCGAGGACUGUAAGAUGUGUGUAUGGAGCUCAGAACACCGUCUGUGUUGCUAUUCGUGUUUUGCAAGAAACAAAAGAACAGACGAGGCAUUGAUUCCUCUCUAUACACAAGGACAUCUAUACGCUGCAAGUGCAAUGCUGCAAAGCUAUGAGACCGACGAUUCAGCACUGUAAAUUAAAGAUACACGACCAAAACAACAGCCAGCACCUCCAGCCAGUGCACUCUCUGCAGCAAGCAGUGCAUUACUGUAAAAUGUUUAUGAUGUCCUUCUGCACCUUGUAACGAGGAUUUCGGAUUAGACGAGGCUCGAAGACUUCGCGUGGGACGUUUUGUAUUUGGUCAGUGUCCGGGUUUAUUCCUCCCAUCGGAAGAGCACGGAUUACUUCUUUGCGACGAUAAAUGGAUACGGAGUUAUAAAAGCCUCCGACGAGAUGACCAAGCGUUGAACUGCAGAACUACAAAAUCCUCUAAGCUUUAACUUUUAUUGGUGGGAGGUUGGCAGUUUCAGCUUCGAAAUGAUUGCAGCACCCCACUCGUUUUCCUGCCUGCAAAGUUUGGUUUCUAACGUGUACACCGUCUGCACGUUCUCCUUUGCCGGGCGUCUCUUGAUUUAACGGACUCGAAGUGGAAGUCAGAAGUGGCGGCGGUGGAAGUGUUAAUCAUGAUGAGGCUUGCCAUGAUUAACUGUGAAAAAUGAUCCACUAACUUGUCGGUGUUUUGCCACAUUUCAAGUCACGCGCUCCCCUUUCAACAUGAUGUAUUCUCCUCUCUGUCUAACUCAGGAUGAAUUCCAUCCGUUCAUCGAAGCGCUGCUGCCACAUGUGCGUGCCUUCGCCUACACCUGGUUCAACCUGCAGGCCCGUAAGCGCAAGUAUUUCAAAAAGCACGAGAAGCGGAUGACCAAGGAUGAAGAGCGCGCCGUCAAGGAUGAGCUCUUGGGUGAGAAGCCCGAGGUCAAACAGAAGUGGGCUUCGCGCCUCCUCGCCAAGCUCCGCAAAGAUAUCCGGCCUGAGUGUCGGGAGGACUUUGUGCUGUCCAUCACGGGGAAGAAGCCUCCAUGUUGUGUCCUCUCAAACCCGGACCAGAAGGGGAAGAUGAGGCGAAUCGAUUGUCUGCGGCAGGCGGAUAAAGUCUGGCGUCUGGACCUGGUUAUGGUGAUUCUGUUCAAGGGCAUCCCGCUGGAAAGCACAGAUGGGGAGCGGCUGGUCAAAGGCGGCCAGUGCUCUAAUCCCAUCCUCUGCGUCCAGCCUCAUCACAUCAGUGUGUCCGUCAAAGAGCUGGACCUCUACCUCGCUUACUUUGUGCAGGAGAGAGAAGCUGAACAGAGCAGUAGUCCUCGCACAGGCAUUGGUUCAGAUCAGGAGGACAGUCGAGCAGCCACCAUGGAUGCUCCAGAGUUUCAAGAUAGCUUCAUAACUUCAGGCGUCUUCAGUGUAACAGAACUGGUGCAAGUAUCAAGAACACCGGUGGUGACGGGUACGGGGCCGAACUUUUCUCUCGGAGAGCUGCAGGGUCAUCUUGCUUAUGAUCUGAACCCUUCAGGGGUGGGAAUGAGGAGGACCCUUCCCAGCACCUCCUCUAGUGGAAGUAAGAGACACAAGUCUGGAUCCAUGGAGGAUGAUAUAGACACCAGCCCAGGGGGCGAGUACUACACCUCUCCCAACUCCCCUGCCAGCAGUUCACGCAACUGGCCAGAGGAGAUGGAAGGAGGAAUCUCCCCUACAGUUAAGAAGACAGAGAUGGAUAGUCCAUCUCCUCAGGAGAGCUCUCCACGUCUCAGCUUCACACAGCACCACAGACCUGUCAUUGCAGUGCACAGCGGUCUCUCUCGGAGUCCACAUCCCUCCUCGUCUCUGCACUUCCCAGGCGCUCCUAUUCUCCCCCAGACUGCCUCCACCUACUUCCAGCACACGGCCAUCCGGUACCCCCCACACCUCAGCUCUCAAGACCCGCUCAAGGAUCUUGUCUCUCUGGCCUGUGACCCGUCCAAUCAACAGCCCAGCCCACUGAAUGGCAGUGGUCAGGUGAAGGUAUCCAGUCACUACAUCACCUCUCAGAUGCUGGCCCCCCCGCCACCCCCCGGCCUGCCCCGUUUGACGCUGCCCCCAGAGUCCAAAUCCAGCACCACCUCUGCAGACGCAGCUGCCAGCUCACCCACCUCCCCCACUUACUCUGCUCCCGGGACGCCACCUGCCAACCGCUCCUUCGUAGGAAUUGGUUCUCGAGACACUGGCAGUCUGUAUCAGGCACAGUCCUGGUAUCUGGGGAACUGAUCGUCACACACACGCAGACGAACCCGAGGAGGCACAGACAUGGAUUAAUUUUUUUUUUUUUUUGUGGGAUUUAUGAGAAAAAAGUUGUGAACGAGAUGCAAGAGGGAAAAUCAGAUAUAUAUGCAGUAUUUGUAUACACACACACACACACACACACACACACACACACACACAUAUAUAUAUAUAUAUAUAUAUAUAUAUAUAUAUAUAUAUAUAUAUAUAUAUACACACACGCAAUAUGUGUGUAUAGAUAUAUGUGCACACAUAUUUAUAUAUGCAUAACAACGUACAGUAUAAGAUGCUUCAAUACACUUUUUAAAAAACAGACAAUGGAAAUGGAUAAGAGCGUGAGAGAAUGGCCAUAGAUGGAACAGAAAAGAAGACAAAAGAAGACAAAAGAGGAGGAUGUUUUUGUUUUUCUGGGAGGCCAGCCCGAUCUAUGGCGUAUAUUGGCGGACUCUGACUCCCUGCCUCCUGGAAUGCCUCUCUUCAGUCCCCUCCUUCUGCUACAGGUGCUGCUUCCUCCUAUAUGCAAAAUAAGUAUCCUUUAUUUUCUUAAUGAACAGUGAAGAGAAACCCCAAUGAAAGGGUUUUUCUGUUAGCAUUUCGUCACAGGUUUGGAGGUGAGCGCGGCCUGUUUUUAUUCUUUUUUUAAGUGCGCAAGGCAACACGACGUGGAAAAGGAACUGAAAAGGUUGAUGCUUCCGUUCACAUGACAUUUUGGAAAAAGAAAACAAAGGAAAGGCUACUUUUCAUCCAGUUUUAUUGACAAUCAUGUAUCUGCGUCCUUGGUUUCUUUCAGAGGGUGAUGUUUUCUAAAUUGCAUUCUCUGCCGUUUGUAACGGAGUCCACUUUUUGGAGCAAACCUGUCAUGUUUUUUGUACAUCAGAGGAAUAUUAGUGGUACCUCAGUGACAUUAUACAUCACAGUCAGCGUCUAUACACACAUGCACACACACUUACAUGUAAACACACCUAUCUUGAGGCAAUGGCAUGUACUGUUAAAAGCUACACGAGGUGUGUGUGAGCUGUGAAACAGCCCUCAUAGAAUGAGCCAGGGAAUAGCAAGGGUGUAUUAGCACCUUUCUCUCUUCGCAAUAUGAAAGCCCCUCAUUCCCUGGACCCCCCUGUAAGUGUGUGUGCCUGUGCAUCCGUGUGUUUGUGCACGUCAUAAACAUUGUUAGUCCCUUAUUCAUCUCUGUGAGUUCACAGAUUAGGGUUUUUUUGAUUCAUGUAGAUUCGUGGAUUUUUCCACAUAGUGACAAAGGGAGUUGAAAUAUAGUUCUGUCAUUACUUGGACAGUAUUGGGUGUAGAGGAUAGAAUUUUAUGUUCUCUAUGUGUAAUUAGUUUAAAUUCAUUGGAAAUUACAGGCAUUGCACUACUUUACAUUUUUAUUUUUCCUCUUUUGCAAAUUCCCGUUCGGCCUAAUCAUAUGGAAUGCUGCGGGUCGAUUCUUUUUGUCAUGUUCUGAACUCACGAUAGAUGAGCGUUGGUUUCCUAGUAGCUAAGAAGCAGAUCAGAACAAUCCAACAUUUUGUAUGUAAACGUGUCCAUGUUUAUGUGAUUACUUUUAUACAAUUCCCAUAGUUUAAGAAGUGAAAAAAAAAAAACAGGCUUUCUUUUUAUUCCCCACAUUUCUAAUGCAAGAAACUAUGACUGUUUUUAUUUUGAAGCAGAUUAUACACUUUAAUCCGUAGGAAUGUCAAUGAUGUGGAUGUCUGGCGUGAGACGGGCUGUAAUGCCUUACGACGAAAUACAGAUGGAAGUCAGUGGCUAUGCUGCCCUUCCCAGAGUACACUGGGAGGUGGACGCCUACGACCAGCAUGUCUCUGGUUGGUUGCCUCAGAAAUGGGUUAUUCUGCACUCUGAGAUGUGUUGAUUUGUACUAAUGAAAUAACAUCAGGGCUUAAUCUACAAUGCUACCGAACCCAAAUCAAGAAGCCAUGAAAAGUGCCUGAGACAUUGCAAGAUUUGCAUUCUAAUUCUUUUUUUUUUUUUACUUUGACGUUUUGCUUCAUCUUCUGUGGAUUGUUGUUGUUGUAGGAUUUUGAGAGGUUGUUUUUAUGCCCAGAGAGAAAUUGUAAUAGGCCUUACAAGCCCCCAAGCCCCUCAGCUGCAUGGGCUAAUGCUUAGCCACAGGAAACGCAAACAGCUGAGCAAAACACACACACACACACACCCUUAUAAUGACAGAACAUGACAAAACCAACACAUAUCAGAGCUUUACUAGGUACCCUCACAAACACACACACACACACACAGACACACCGAUAUGAUAUAAUAUCCACAAACUCUGGUUGCUUUAGCUAACCUGUUAUAAUGGCUUUGUGUAGACAUUCUAUUGAGUUGACCAUAUAAGGCCCAGAAUACAUACAUGACUUGUUUUAAUGGUGCUGAUAUGAAAAUUAUAUGGAAAUCUCUAUGUAUUAAUUAUAUAUAACUGUGCAUGGUGCUUUCAAAAGAAAAAUCAUGAGAAUUAAGCUUAAAUGACCACCGUAUCACAGACAUGGGCGCAUGGCAGAUGAUCUUAGUAUUAGCUCUGAAACAAAAUAUCCUCCUUAACAACCCCCUUUGAGCAAAGAGCCAAUGACACAGAUGGAUUUGACCUUUGUACUACAUUGGUUUGACAUUUAUCCAACGAUCCCUCUUCUAGUUUGCACGAUAUUUUAUAAAACAUAUUAUGUGCCUUGCCUUUAGUUAAGAACGACAAUGCGUCAUUUUAAAGGAGUCGAUUAAUUUUUUGUUUAUUUGAUGUAAGCAGUGUCACAAAGGAAAAUAAUGCUGCAUGUUCGAUUGCCUGUCAUUAUGAGAAUUAGACUAGCAGGUUACCUGAUAGCUGUAGUUUUGGAUGGGUGAGAGAGGCUUUUUUUGACCCUCUUCCUCUUCUAAUAGCACUGUAGUUGGCAUGAAAUCUUCCCUGCAUUAUUUUCUUACCGUUUUAUUUCCCUCUUCCGUUCUUGUAAUGAGAUAGUAACAAUCUGUGAAAGAUGCAGUACCAGCUCUUCAUAUCAGCUCUGAGCUGACGUUUUGAUUCCGUUUUCAUGUUAAGCUUCUCUUAAAUUGUUUAGAUUGUAUGUUAUUAUGUGUUUAAAUGAGUUCGUAACCAUUAUGGAUGUGAAGAGGAUCGGCCAGAGAUGGACAUAAUAAAAAUUAGAUGGCCAUCCUCUAUAAACCCAUCAACUAGUUUUGCUCUGGUUUAAAUUCCACAACUGGGCACUUAAAUAAUUAUUCUGCAAUCAGCAAUACUUUACAUCCCCUCACAGAGAUUUUUGCUUUAUAUCAAAGAGUCAAAUUUACAUUUGAUAAUUUCAGAAAACCCAGGCUACAGUAGAAUGUGUUUUGAUGUGUGACCAUUAAUGAUUACUUUAAUUCGUUGAUUAUUUUAAUAAGUUAUUUUACUAUUCGAGUCCCUUGCAUAUGUCUACAAAUUAAUUGUAGAAUGCUUUCAUAGAGAGUAGUUGAAAAGUAUUUGUCCAAUUCAGUGUACUUCCACAAGAACAGCAAGAAACCAUUGAACUGCUGACUAUGUGUCUUUUAGAAAAUGAAUUAAUACACCAGGAUGCUUCUUCUUCUUCUUCUUCUUUUUAUAAAAUGAGAUGGUAGAAGAUAAUUUAUAAUUCGUAGUGUGUAGUGUCAGGGCAGAGAAUUGCAGAGGAGAAGAUAUUGUGUAUUUCUGGAGCUGGGUCAGGAGAGGCCAUGUUGUAGUUUGUGAUGCAGUGUACAGUAUUGUUUCUGCAAUGGAUAUUGCAGUGCUGGUAGCUAUUUAAAAGUUUAAGUCGAAUGAGAAAGAACAGGAGAUUUUGUUUACAUCAUGCAUGUGGUAAGAUCUUGGUCGUGGAUGAUUUGUGAGCCUGCUGUUGUCCACCCUGGCCGAAUCGGAGUGCUAUAGCAGAACGGCAUUCCAUCCAUACCAUGAUCCAAACCCUUUACAGAAGUGCUAGCAUCAUUCAGCAAGCAAUUUUCCUUGUGUUUAACAGGACAGGCAACGGGACGGGGGUCUGCCUCAGAGAGUGAGGCCCAGAUGAAUUAUUUUACAGUGGUUUUGAAGCAGAAAUGGCAAAUUUUAUCGUUGUAAAUGACUUGAAGCUCCGACGAAUCUCGCCGGUCAGACUUGCACGACCCGCUGCCUGUCCUGUGAAGAUUUGCACUGCUCCAUUUUCAUCUUUUAAAGCUGUCAACCCUCUGGCCAGGUUGGGACGGUGGGCUCAGUAGAACAGGAUCGUAGUUUCGCCAGCGCAGCGGCUCUGUGUGAGCUCUGUGAGCAUGCCGUCUUCGUUUGCUUUUUGUAUAUGAUAAAAUUGGCUACACGCGGCUGAGAAUUUGAAACACUUGAAGAGCAGAAUGUUGCCCCGAUGUGUGCUUUUUAAAGUGGCCACAUGUGAUGAUUGAACUUGCUAUGACAUGAGCAAUGCAUUUGAGCUAAUGCAUGUAAAAAAACAGUAUCUUACUGUUUGAUUUCGAAACCCUUGACUAAUAUUUUUGAUAUAUUAUAAUUUUUAUGCGUGUUGUUGAAAUGUUACAUUUCAAACACAGUUAUCUUGUGUAUAAAGGCUUACCAUAUAUCCAGUAGAAUGAGGAAAAGACAAAUGUAUAUAAAAAUGUCUUUUUUUUGUGUGUAAUAAUUUUUUUAAUGUUUGUAUUUAGUAGACAUAAGCUUGUGGUCAAGCCACAAAAAAUUUUGAAAGCUCCUUCUAAAGGAUCUGCUGUUGAGAAGAAAAAAAUGUCAGCACCAUUAGCACACACCUUUCACACAGUUAUCAAGUUUUAUUUUGAUCACAGAAUAUGGAUUCCAGUAAAUUCAGCAUCACUUGUCGUCAUUUUAAACAGAUCCAACAGCUUCACCGAGCUUUAUGCAGAUUUUUUUUUCUCUUUUGUCAUGCUAGCUUCAUGAUCUUUGAACACAUUUUUCCUGUAUUUCUACUUGGAAGAUUUCACUAGAUAAUCUGGUAUUUAAACUUUGUCUAAUAAUACUUCUAUUUAAGGUUUGCUUCUCUGUUGAUAUUUUCAGCCUUGAUGAUCAUGAUGAAUAGAGACUAAUGAUGAGAAUGAAAGAAAGAUGGAGAGAUGAAGUUGCUUAAAUGGCAUCCAUUUAUUUACCUGUUGUCAUUUAUGUGAUGAAUUUAUCCUUUCAAGAUGUUGAAAUCAUGCCAGGUUCCUGUACACUGCAAACCUCAGAGGUUUGAACUGGAUUGUUGAAGUAGAAACACGUACAGUCACACUCCAAAAAACAUCUUCUUAAUCAAUACUUUGUCUUUUUCAAUAAAAAAAAUCUAAGAUAUAUAUUACAAAACACAUUACCAUUCCAAAGUUUGGGGUCAGUACGAUUCAGCAAGAGCACAUUACAUCGAUCAAUAGUGCCAGUAAAGACAUUUAUAAUGUUAUUCAUUAUGCUUGUUUGCUUUUCCAUGCUUGAAUGGAAACGAAUCAUGGUUUCCACAAACACUGAAAAUAAUACAAAUGUUUCUUGAUCUGCAAAUCAACAUAUUAGAAUGAUUUCUGAAUCAUGUUACACUGACAACCAUCACAAGAGUAUAUGACAUUUUGAAGUAUGUUCAAAUAGAAGUUCUUUUAAAUUGUAAAAAUAUUCACUGUAUUUUGAUCAAAUAAUCAACUUUGGUGAACAAAAUACUUCUUUCAAAGAAAUGUAAAAGAUUUUACUGAGCCCAAACUUUUGCAUGGUUGUGUAGUGUACUAUAUAUAUAAAUGAGAUGGUAGAAGAUAAUUUAUAAUUCGUAGUGUGUAGUGUCAGGGGAGAGAAUUGCAGAGGAGAAGAUAUUGUGCAUUUUUUGAAUUAAAAAACAAACAAAUCUGGACAAUCAGUGGCAUGGUUUACCUCAGCCCAUUGAUCGUUUUAUGGAGUUUGUACAGGCUAACAUGACUAGCAGGACUUUAGACCUCACUCUUCUGAGUGCCUUUCUGGAUUCAGCAUCAAGCUGCUGGAUGUGUGUGAUCUUCCCCCUGGUUUUGUAAGAUCAGCCUACUCAUGCCCGUAUUUAUUCAGAAUUGUCCGAAUGUGCAUCACUGAAAAGAUUGUUUAAUUCUGAGGUCCAUGCACUUUAAUUAGACAUCGACACAUGUAAUUAUGCUGAAUAGAAUGUAAAUUUCCCAAGUCCAAUUUCCCUGUUCACCCACUGACAUAAACAGGAUGUGAGGAGACCUUACUCCCUACUGCAUUCGUGAGAGAAUUAGACAUGCAUGACUGUUUCAUUGUACUGUUUCCUUUUCUGGUUUGUGUAAUGUAAACCUUUAUUGCAAUACCAUGAACUUUGCAUGACCAAGGUAGAUAGAACCAUGAACGUGCGGACAGAUCAUUGUUUUGUCUCCUCUCAGUAAGGGCUGGACAACCACUUCAGGGCAGAGGCACUGGAAUGCAGUUUCUAAUCUUUCCUUCCUUCCAUUCUCAGUAUUGUGGCACUUGGCAGGAUUUAUGUCGUAGGUCUCCAAAGUUGAUGAAUUGAUAUGUGACUUGCUUGAUACUGGCAGCAACUGGUGAAUCUGAAAUUGAGGAUGUGCAGUUAUGUUAGUCUGCACCAGUUUGAAACCAAUAAUAACAGAUCAAUCGAGCUAGCAGUAAUACACUAAAGAUCUGGAAAUUGUACUUGUGUAAAAUAGCUGAAUAGCAUCUAUGCAACUAAUUCAGGCUUUAUACUGAUAUCUUUGUGCAGAAACUUCUUUCUAAUCUUAAGAACUAAGUCAUCUAAGCUGGGCUAAACCUACCAUUAAUUAUAAUUCUCAAUUAAAGUGAAAAAAGACUGUUAGUUUAAUACUGCAUUUACUUCUGGUCAGAAUUAACAUGUCGAGAUUCAAGAUAUGAGAUGUUCACGAAAUACCUAAUCACUACAUCAAAUCACAUAUUCAUGCUCUUUGCAUUAAAUUGAUCAAAAGUGACAGUAAAGACAUUUUGUGUUUUUGUAGCUUUAUAAACUUUAAAUAAUCCUGAAAAAUAUAUGUAAGUUAAAAAAAAUCAGUUUUGCCAUUACAGAAAUAAAUUAAAAUAUUAAAUAUCUUAAAAUAGGAAAGCUAUUCUGAUUGUAAUAUUAUUUCACAAUUUUUGAUAUAAUAUUUUAGAUUUUUGAUAAGCUAAAUGCAAUUUUGGUGGGCCAUAAGAGACUUCUUUAAAAAAAAAGAAGAAAAAAUUACAGAGCCCAAACUUUUGAACAGUAAUUCUGACAUGAUGUGAAUGUAGCAUUAUAAAAUUAUUUGCCCAGGUCUGAAACAAUAUGCUCCUGAGAGUGCAUUUAUACGUAGGUGAGCUGACUGGUUAUACUGACAUUAUCCCAUUGAAGGAAUGCAAUUCAAACUUCUCAAACACUGUUUCAGAUACUCAUGUUGCUGAUUGAGCUGUGGGGGUGAUGGAUAGUUUUAUUCUGAACUUUGAUGACAUUUUACUGCAGCGUUGAUGGUGGCACACUGUUUCUGGGGUACAGUUCUACAGCAGAUUAAUAUGAAUGAAGACCCAUCCUUAAUUUUUGUAGAAUGGCUUAUUAUUUUUGCACUCCCUUUUUGACUCUUAGCAAACCAGCAAUUUGAAUCGAAGGUAUAUACAUGGAUAUAAACACUGUAAGAAAUACCAAAAUGGGUUAAAAAAACAAUUUUAACAUGUAGUGCCUGUCAUUUUACUGCUUUGCUUUGGUUACUCUUCCUCGUCCGUGUGUUUCUAUAUAAACCAUGAGCUGUUACUUGGGAAUUUUCUGUCCUGCUGGCAUCAUCUCUGCAGUGUUGGUCUGGAUUGGAUACACCUUUUGUUUAUCAAAUGCUUCUUGUAUGUUAUUAUCCAACCAAGGGGCCACAUUUGCCAAAAGCCUCUCAAUAACACAACCUCAGAGUGCCGCAACAUAUUGACAUUGAGGUUAGUACAGUCUGGCGAUGCUAAGAAUGAUAGCAUGUGCUAAGGGCUUUUCAAAAUCUGGCCCUAAGGUUAAAAUGGCUUAAACGGGGUGAAGAAAGUGUCUCUGUUCAAAGAGGAGAAAAGCCAUUCAUGGGCUUUGCAAUUUAUGCAAUAUUUUGAUACGUCUUUCAUAAAUUAAUUGCCAAAAACACCCCGACAUACCGCCAUCUCCUGAACGUUAGAGAGCCCCAAAACAGUCACGCAUCAAUGUUUCAGGGUGCCCUCUGUCCCAUUACAACAAUUGUUUUUAUUCCGAAUUAAGGUUUAAUUUCUAUGAAUAUUGCUAUCUUUGUCAUUUUAUUUGUUUUUAAGCAUGCUGUUUUCUCUAUGUUUGGACGCUUUGAGUUGAAAGGACGAAGGUUGAAAUGUUUUUCAGAGAGCAUUCUAAUGCAGUGUUAAAUUUCAAGGUUUUUGUUGGUUUUUCCUUCCUCUUUUUUUAAUCACAUUAUUCUUUACAAAUAUUACAAUAGUAGUUACUCAUUAAACGCUUGCUUGCUGCACAGAUAAACACACUUCACACCAGGAAGGUGCAUGUGGACUUUUAGUUCAGACAUAUUCACAACUGGCAUGAUGACGUGCAUACAUGUUCUUUUGGAAAGCAUUGGAUUUUUGUUAUUUGUCUCUGUUUCUCUUAAGAACCUCGCUAAAUUGUAAUCUAUCAGCAUAAGUCGGUAUGUCAGUUUUGAAACGGAUGGGGAAAAAAUUAGUUUUUCUCAUGCACAACAAACUAAAUUUGCCAUGUGUUUUUGAACUGGUGUGAGGGGGCAAUUACAGCUUUAACAAUAUUUCAUUAUAACAUUGUAUUCAACCAUCGCUGUUCGCAAAAAAUAAAAUAAAAAUAAAAAAAUUGCUCAUGAAUACAGUACUGGAAGUAUGUUUCCCUAUGCAAAAAAAAUAAAGAAAAUGAAAAUGAAAUAAAAAAAUAAAAUAAAUAAAGCUAUGCUACAACUCAGAAA